UUGGUUGUUGUUGUUUUUUUUUUUGUUGGUAUUGUCGCAUCGCAAUUAGUAGCGAGUUUUGCAUUCUAAAACAAAGUCAGUGACUUUCUUAUUUUGUGCUGGUUACAACAAUUUCAAUGCAUUUGUAAACGAAUCAUCAACGCGAAUCUUCAGCAUAUUAUUCAGCAGCAUCUGCAAACAAAGGAACUCUACACUCACACUUAAACACACACACACACACACACAAAGGGCAGGUAAACACGAGAGUCGAGAGAAUCACAUACAACGAAAGUGUGUGCGCGUGUGUGUGUGUGUGUGGAGACAAUAGAAGUCUUCUAAAUCACAAAAACAAAAAUAUGGGUCGCAUCUUUCUGGAGCACCUCGGUGGGCUGAAGCUCUUCAAUUGCGCCCAGUGUCAAACGAAUUUGACCAAUCGCAGCCAAUUGAUCAGCACUCGCUUUACAGGCGCAACGGGUCGCGCUUACCUUUUUAAGCGUGUGGUCAACCUCACUUUUAGCGCCAUCCAGGAGCGAGUUAUGCUAACGGGUCGCCACAUGGUGCGCGAUGUCAUGUGCAAGAGCUGCGGCGCCAAGCUGGGUUGGAUGUAUGAGUUCGCCACCGAGGACACGCAAAAAUAUAAGGAAGGUCGUGUCAUCUUGGAGUAUGCCUUGAUCCAUGAAGCAGAAGGAUUUCCAUCAGAAGCUGGCGGCGCUAGCCACUGAACCAAAUAAAAAAGGGAAAGGGAAACAGCUGCUGUGUGUGCAGCCCUUGUGCUUGUUCAGCCCUUGUGCGUUUUGUAGCCCUUAAGUAUUUUCGAGACUAGCAAAAGCCGCAGCUGCUGGCUUCUCUAUAGGUUUAACAACAACAAAAGCAACAACAAAAUAAUGUUAUGGCAAACGUCGUCGUGUGCUCUUCGACAGUUUUCGAGCUGGCGAAUAUCUCGUAUCGCUGUCGAGUAUUUGUAGCUAACGCAUAAAAUUGCAGGCCACAACAGUGUCGAAACGUUACUUAAGAUAAAAGAAAGCAAAAAUGUAGUUUUUAGGCAUUUUAGAACAAUAAGCAAAAAGCAAAAGCAUCUAAAAAUAAUUUGAAAUGAGGCUGAACUGCUUAACCCUCUGUUGCCCGCAUGUGGCACUAACAUUUAACCGAAUC